AUGUUAAUAUUCACAAGGCAUAAAUUGAAUAAGUCAAGAUAUGCUAUGAGAUCUUCAACAGUGUGCAAUCUAAAAAUAGUGCAAGCUUCUAUAUUAUUCAUCUUCAGAAGUAGGAAGGUCU